GGUCCUGCCCGCUCGCCUCUAGGCGGCCGGGUCAAUCCAUGUGUUCUUCUUCCUGCGUAUGAAAUUGCAGCGAAGCAACACGGGUAGCAAGCAAGAAAGUUCCUUCAUGAACUACCCAAAUUCCACCCAAUACUUGAGCUGAGAGAAUUUCCAAGUUUCAUCGUCGAUUCCAGAAUGGGUUCGAAGGAACGGUCGAAGCACGAUGUGUUUGUGAACUUCCGAGGACCGGACGUGCGCGAGGGGUUCCUGAAGAAUCUACACAAGGCUUUGGUCCGGAGUGGCAUCAAAACCUUCGUGGAUAGCGAGGACCUCCACCAGGGUGAAAAAUUAACGCCGGCCCUCAAAAAGGCCAUUGAACGAUCCCUUGUCACCAUCGUCGUCUUCUCCCAAGACUACGCCUCCUCUGAAUGGUGUCUAAAAGAGCUGGUGAAGAUCUUCGAGCGUACCAAGCGCAAGGAACAGCUGGUGGUUACCGUAUUCUAUAAAGUGAAGCCGAGCCAAGUGAUGCAACGGACUGGGCUUUAUGAAGAAGCCAUGGCCAAGCAUGAGCGGAGGCAUGGCAAAGAUUCAGACAUGGUGGAGGAAUGGAGGCAUGCUCUUUCCAUUACUUCCAACUUCCCAGGAUCGCAUCUCGAGGACAAUGCAGACGAAGCUAAGUUUAUCAAAGGACUCGUUGAAGAAGUCAAAGCUAAACUGCAACACCUUGAAGCCAAGAGAAAACCUGAGAGUAUUUCUGGACAACAUACUCUUCAUUCUCUCCUUACUACUGGCCGCGACCAUUUCUGGACACCCUUCACUCACCACGAAAGCUGGCAAUGGCCUUCAAUUCUUAGUGGCGAACCAUUCCCGCCACCACAAACCUCGUUGUUUCCGUCCCCAUCAGUAAUGGCCGCCCCCAACAUUGUCACAGCAAUGAUUAAUCUUUAAAGACCGCCAACCGUGCCCUUCGCUACGUGUUUUCUAUAACGACCGUAUGGGAGGAGAAAGAACCUUGUAUGUAUAGAAAUGAGUGCUUUGCAUGAAUGAAUAAAACUUAUAGAUCGGGCUCGUUCUGUAAUUCGGAUCCUCGAAUCCAAUCAAUCAAGAAUGCUACUUUAACUGCC